GUUCAUUACCACUCUCCUUUAGGGUUUAAGCCGAGACCAAUUUUCAAUCUCGUUUUUGCGACCUGAAUAAUGGCUUUUUGGGGAAUUGAGAUAAAGCCCGGUAAACCAUACCUUCAUCAGUACGAUGAUGAAAGAGGAAGGCUGCAUCUUUCGCAGGCAACAUUAGGUAGUGGUUCAUCAAAAGAGAAGGCUGUUGUUGUGUGUAAUGUUGGUGAUAAGAAACCAAUAUACUUAUGCUCACUACUGCCAAGAAAAAUGGAGACUUGCUCGCUGAAUAUUGAGUUUGAGGAAUAUGAUGAGGUAACAUUCUCAGUGGAAGGUCCUCACAGCAUUCAUCUGUCUGGGUUCUUUUACGGAGAAAAGCCAGAUUCUGAUGGAGAUGACUACGAAUCUGAUUCUGAUGAGGUAGGUAUCUUAGAGGAAGAGCUUGACUCUGGAGAUGAUAGUGACUUUGCCUUUGAUGAUGAAGGUGAUGAAGAUGACCUCACUGAUAACGAAAUGGAUAUGUUUGAUCCCUCGACUGUACCUAACAGUGGAGUGAGAAUUGAGGAGAUUGUUGAUGAUGAGACACCUGCCAACAAGAAUGCCGUUCCUGAACAAUCAAAGAAGAAGAAUAAACGAACCUCUAAUAAUGAUGAUAGUUCUCAGAAACAAAUUGUUCCAAAAAGUUCUAGUAGUGUUCCAGUAUUGGAGAGUGAAGAUGAGGAUGGCUUUCCAAUAUCUUCUUCUGCUAAGGACAAAGCUAGUGUUCCAAAUGACAAACAAAAUUCAGAAGUAUCAACUGGCAAGGGUGAAAAUGGGCAAGCCAAGAGGAAAAAAGGGAUGAAUGAUUCUGAACAUACAGCAAAACGAAAGAGAGAGGACUCUGUUAUGGGUGAUGAUCUGGCGAGCCAGCCAGCAAAUGUAGAAGCUUCAACACCAGAAGUGGAUGUCAAGAAAGCAAAGAAGAAGAAGAACAAGAAAGUAAAAGAUGUGCAGAAAGGUGGUAACGAUAGCAACAAUGUAGUUCAGAAUGAGGAAGAAACGAAUCAGGAACAAAAGACUCCAAAGGUUGCAUCUGAGGUAAAUACCGACUCCAAGAAUAAGAAUGCAAAGAAGGACAAGAAGAGCAAACAGCAGGAGAAUACACCUGGUGAAGCCAAACCAUCUCAAGUUAGAACCUUUCCUAAUGGAUUGGUAAUCGAAGAGAUUCAAAUGGGUAAACCAGCUGGAAAACGAGCCGAUCCUGGGAAGAAGGUUAGCGUGCGUUACAUUGGCAAGCUGAAGAAGAAUGAGAAAAUAUUUGACUCUAAUAUUGGGAAGGCACCGUUCAAGUUUCGCCUAGGUGUCGGGCAAGUGAUUGCAGGAUGGGAUGUCGGUGUUAAAGGCAUGCGUGUUGGGGAUAAAAGAAGACUGACAAUCCCUCCGGCCAUGGGGUAUGGUGCUAAAGGUGCUGGUUCGCAAAUACCGCCAAACUCAUGGCUGGUUUUCGAUGUUGAACUGAUAGAUGUGAAUUAGUUGCAGAAAGGAGUUGUGGGAGUAUGCCCAAAAAUUUUGUCCAUCCAUGUCAAUGACAUGGUUGAAGAGAAAUCUUGAGAUGAUGAGAUUUUGUUUUGGUUAUAGCGUGUAUUAAUUACACAUUUCCUUUUUGCAAUUUUGGUUUGGAGGAAGUGAAGGAGCAGGUGUGGUGCCAGUUUAAAACCCAUUUCGUGUUGUUUUCGUUUGUAAUUGCAUUAUGUCAUGUUUUUCUUGUCUUCAUUUUGUACUCUUGGAAACUAGUUAUUGGUUGUGGGUCUGGUGUAGGUUCU